ACUACGCCCUCUCCGCUUUCCCGCAAGACGCUCUUUUCCUCUUCAAACAUCUCAAAUCCCAAUCCCAGUCCCUCUCUCACCCCCUCGAUAGCUUCACCUACUCUUACUCCAUCAAGGCUUCUGCAAUUAUGGAGCGAAUUCGUCUCGGAAAUCAACUCCAUUGCUCGAGCUUCAAGGCCGGCUUUGAUUCCCACAUCCACGUUCAGACUGCUCUCGUCGACAUGUACGUCGAUUGCGGCUCUUUGCUUGAUGCACAGAACGUGUUCGACGAAAUGCCUAACAAGGUUUUGGUCACUUGGAACGUUUUGCUCACCGGCUUUGUCAAGUCCGGCGAUGUUCGAUCUGCUCAGACUAUUUUCGACGCUAUGCCGGCAAGAAACGUCGUUUCGUGGACCGGAUUGAUUGACGGCUACACCCGUGCAAAUCGGUACUACGAGGCAUUGUCAUUGUUUCGAAGAAUGGUUGUUGACGAAGGAAUCCCCCCCAACGGAGUGACGUUGCUCGCGAUUUUCCCGACAAUUGCAAAUACCGGGUCGCUCGAGCUCUGUCGGAUGAUUCACGCGUACGGAGAGAAGAGUGGGCUCAAUACGUCGGAUAUCCGCCUCGUCAAUAGCCUCAUCUACACGUACGCGAAUUGUGGAAGCAUCGAAAGCGCGCGGAGAGUUUUCGAGGGCGUUGUUGUUACAAGGAGGAACUUGGUUUCUUGGACGACGAUCAUCUCCGGGUUCGCGAUGCACGGUAUGGCGUCGGAAGCGUUGGAACUUUUUACGAGAAUGGAGAGCGGCGGGAAACGGGCGAACGGGAUUACGUUCCUGAGCAUUCUGAAUGCUUGUAGCCACGGCGGGCUGGUGGACGAGGGGAUUGCGUUCUUCAACAAGAUGGUCGACGAGUACGGGAUCGAAGCGACGGUGAAGCAUUACGGGGCGUUGAUCGACAUGUUAGGUCGGGCGGGGAGAUUGGAGGAGGCGGAGAGGAUGGUUUCAAACGUCGGCGGGAAUGUUGUGAUAUGGCGGACGGUGUUAGGCGCCUGCCAUUCCCAUGGCAAUGUUGAGUUAGGGGAGAGGGUGAUGAGGAAAAUUAUGGAGGCUGAGGGGAGAUACGGCGGCGAUUAUGUGUUGUUGUCCAACAUCUUGUCUGCUUCGGGUCGAUUCGGAGAGUCCGAGAGACUCAGAAGUACCAUGGUUCAAAGAAAUGUUUCCAGAGUUGCUGCGGUUAGUUCGGUUUGAAUUGAUUGGUGCACAAAUGCCUUUGUUCCAAGAAUUUGCCCCUACCGGCCCCACCCUCAUGGAUGUGGCCAUGAUCGCUCAUCUGUCAAUCGUUGGGGGAAAAGACCCUGUAAUGGGUGCCCUAGAUGGGCAAGAGCCCAACUCAGACCACUUGGGCUGGUCUCUGACAUACGUGAAAGAAUGAGGCUGGACUAAAUUUCUAAUCGAACAACAAGGAGCAGACGGGACCCCUGUAACCGACCGAGAACACACAGCCUUUCUGCUCUUUUGGCUCUGUAAGUAUGUAGUAGUUUCCCCUUCGAAAUGUGUCCUUCCUUCUCAUCUUGAUCUUGCUAUACAUAUAGCCUCGGGUCGGUUCUUCUCAUUAGGCACCCUUUUCCUUGCCAAUCUCUUUGAAGGGCUCUCCAGGGUUAGUGCCCACCUUACUGAUAAAGAUGGUAAAAAAUUAGACACUGCUGCGUCGGGUCCUUUUUGGUUCCUGGAACUAUGGUUCCGUCUCUAUUUUCCCGACGCCUUCUAACUCGGUCAUCCUCCCAUUGCCCCCACCCUUGAGAAGUCUCUAGGAGUAGCCCUGAACCGACUUUGCUUAGGCCGUAAUAACCUCCAAGAAGUCUGAUCCGAUCAUAACUGCCAUCCUUACUGAUAAUCGAAAUGAUAGCCAUUUCUACCCACACAAAAGGUAUAUUGGCUAUGCAUCCGGCUUUUUUUGGCCAUUCCCUGUUCCGUCACCUUUGUCCCAACCAAAUCCACUUCCACAUCCUACUUAUUCUUUCUCCUGGGAUGUUGCUCUUAAGCCCAGGUCGCUAUUCGCCAGUAAGAAAAUCGAUAAAAAUGGUCCCAAAGUCUUCUAUACAUUCAGCUACCAGCCUCAAUUCUUGGCCUGUCAAUUCGGAUGCCAACAAGGCUUGCCUGGUCCCAUCGCUCACCCACAUUUAAUAAUUCAAAGUCCGGAUGGGAGAGCCAUUCCUAAGUCGAUUGCCCCGUACGUAUCCCAGCUCACAAAUUACACAACUUCCAACUCGUACAUCCCUUUCAAAACUUCUCCAACUUCAGUUGAAUCCUUUCGUGAGUGGUGGUCGGUUACUUGGGCCUUGAUUGCCCCUGACAAGGAUCUCUUGCUGAACAUCCUUCUUCCCCCACCUGCAAUAACAUUAGGGGCGACUCCUCUGACCAACACCCGAAGGAACCUGAUUACUCAAGGCACUGAGUCGGGUACUCCACAGAGGAAGAGAAGAGCCUCUCAGACUCAAACUAUUCCCCCCUCUGGGGGCAAUCAACCGUCCUUAACAAACCGCCCAUCAGGUCGGCCCCCUAUGAGGACCCGACCCCGUCCAGGUAUAAUCUCAUACUCUCAAUUUAACUUGAUCAUUUCCUUACCAUGGUAUUAAUCCUUAUUUUUAUACUCAGGUGUGGCUUCGGCUCGGGCGACCGCCCAACCUGCUUCCAGACCAACUAAAACAGCGAAGCCACCAACCGACCAACUACCAGAACCUGAGCCCCCGACCAACCGCUGGGCCUCGACUAAAAUACCUUCAUCCGCCGAGCAGGCAACAACAAGGGUCUCAUCUCCCAGUGAGGUGACUGCUUUAGAGAUGGGCAGGUUACCUUAUGUUGCUUUAGACCCAUCUCUACCUACUAUGGCACCGGUGGCCACACCUAUGUCUGCUUCUGCUACCUCUGAUGCAACCGCC